CUUCAGAUAGUAUGCAGUUAAUGGAAGAAUUUAAAGAAAGUAUGAAGACACAAUUUAAGAUGAAAGAUCUAGGUAGAAUCACUUUCUUCCUUGGAAUGGAUUUUAAGCAAAGCAAGGAUGAAAUAAAAAUUAAUCAGAAAAGAUUCAUUCUUAAAAUACUAGAGAGAUUUGGAAUGAUAGACUGCAAGCCCAGGUUAACCCCAUGUGAGCAACGAUUAGAAUUUAACUGUGGUGAAUUGACCAACGCCAGACAGUAUAGAGAAAUGAUAGGAAGCCUAAUUUAUGCCAUGACCUGUACAAGGCCUGAUUUAAGUUGGAUUGUAAGCAGACUGUCUCAAACUCUGUCAAACCCCAGAACGGGAGAUUUAAUUGCUGCCAAACAUGUCCUAAGGUAUCUAAAGGGUACCGUGGAUUAUGAACUCUGCUUUAAGAAAUCUGAUGCUGACUUGCAGCUCACUGCUUAUAGUGAUUCAGAUUGGGCCUCUUGCCUGGAAGACAGGCGAAGUACUACAGGUUACUGUUGUACUCUAACUGAAGGAGGACCACUGAUUUCAUGGAAGUCGAGAAAGCAACCAACGGUUGCCAUUUCCACUUGCGAAGCUGAAUAUGUAGCUUUAGCAAAUACAGCUCAAGAGUGUUUGUAUCUAACUCAAUUGUUAAACGGUAUGUAUAAGAAAGUACAUCAGAGUAUGAAGGUAAGUGUUGAUAACCAAGGGGCAAUUGCACUAAGUAAGAACCCAGUUAACAGACAACGUUCUAAGCAUAUUGACAUAAAGUACCACUUUGUACGUGAAAUGUAUGUUAAAGGCAUGAUCGAUAUUGUAUAUUGUCCUACCCAAGAUAUGGUAGCUGAUAUCCUAACAAAGCCACCCACAAAAUGUAAACUAGAUAAUUUUAAAAGUAUCGUGUUCGGUUGUGGUAAUUAGUUUAUAUUCUAAUAACAAGUGAGGGUGUUGAGUUCAAUAUAAAACUGUAUGUUAUCCAAAUAUUAGUAUGACGUAAUACUGAGAGACAAAUGCAUGAUGGGAUUGUUGUGUUGUUAGUUGAACUUCCUCGUGAAAGCAACUUACUGUACAAAACUACAUUUGUAAUAAACGUGAAAAUAAAGAGUGAUUUCAUUACAAAUACGGUGUUCUAAAGUCAUGGCUUCAACAGAAAUAUCCAAUCCAUGCUGUUCAGCCGAGCGAAUCUAGAAGAACUCUGUCGAAUUCAAUCUUUACAAGAUAUCGUAAUCUCUCGAACUGUAUAAGAGUUGUUGCAUCGAAACCUAGUGGCUCUACUGAACUAGUAAGAGAUUCGCAGAGGGCAUACGUCCCAUCUUUUUUCCUAUCUAAUGUUAUGUCCUUGGCGCCCAAGAUUGACGAACUACAUUGUAUUAUAAAGGAUGCAAAUCUGGACUUUCUUUGUAUUGUAGAAACGUGGCUUCAAAGUCACAUCCAUGAUAAUGCUGUCGCAUUGCAAGGGUAUAACAUAAUUCGCAGAGACAGAAUUGACGCGAUACAUGGUGGCGUAUGUAUGUUUAUAAAAAACACUCUCAAAUUUACAGUUUUAGAAGACCUAGAAGAAGCUGACUUUGAAGCGUUAUGGAUAAAAAUGACCCCAUCCCGACUCCCAAGAGGCUACAACUCCAUUGUUGUCGGAACCAUUUACCACCCACCACGCGCUAAUGACCCUGCUAUGAGAGAAUAUUUAACCAAGUGUUUAUCGUAUAUUGAAUCGCGUUAUAGUAAUUGCGGUGUUGUGAUUGCUGGGGAUUUUAAUCGCUUAGAAACAACGCGUUUGCAAAAUAGCUUUAAAUUAAAACAAAUUGUGAAUUUCCCAACGCGUGGUGUAGCCACACUUGAUUUAAUUCUUACCAACAUCAACGAGUUUUAUCAAUCCCCCAUCAAACACCCUCCACUUGGUUUGUCAGAUCAUCUGUCUAUUGAAAUCCAACCUCGUGAAAGAUGUACCAUGAAUGGUGUCAAGAUCAAAAUUAGAUCAAGAGAUUUGCAUCCUAGUAAACGUGCAGCAAUGGCGACCUAUCUACAACAAGCAGAUGUCAAUUCUCUAAUUGGUGCUGUUGAUAGCUGUCAAGAGAAAACUCUACUCCUGCAGGAAAUUAUUACAACUGGCCUUGACUUCAUUUUACCUACUCGUACCCGAACAGUUCACUCGACAGAACCACCCUGGAUUACAUCGACUUUAAAAGAGUUAAUCCAAAAGAGACAAAAAGCACUAGCUAGCAGUAACGAGUAUGAGUUUCGUAGACUGAGGAAUCGGGUUAACAGAGAACGUAAGAAAUGCCGUGGCAAAUAUUACAAAGCAAAAGUGGAGAACUUAAAAAAAUGCAAGCCAUCUUCAUGGUGGAAUGAAGUUAAAAAACUGAGUGGUUGUUCCCCGUCCAGCUCCACACAUGGUAACCUUGCUAAGUCUCUUCAACAUCAAUAUGGAGCAUUGGACGAAGUGAGUUUAGCAAAUACCAUUAACGAAGCUUUCAUUUCCCCCAUGCACGACUAUACUCCCCUCCAAAAUAAUCUUCAACAUAAUCAUGAUAAUCACGAUCCCCUUGUUGUAUCCUCCUACUCAGUAUUUAUCAAAUUGUCAAAGUUUAACCCCAGCAAGUCUAGCGGUCCUGACAAUAUGCCGGUGUGGGUUUUGAAAGAGAACGCAGAUGUAUUGGCCUCGGCAGUUUCGGAUAUACUAAAUAGUUCUUAUCGUGAAGGAAAAUUACCAACACCAUGGAAAGAAGCUAAUGUAGUUCCUGUGCCAAAACAAAAAUCGGUACAAGACGUAAAUAAACAUUUAAGACCCAUCUCGUUGACCCCAGUUUUAUCAAAGAUUGCAGAACAAUAUGUCGUUGAAAGGUACGUUAAACCAGCUGCUUUAAAAAAUGUCGAUCCACAGCAGUACGGAACUGUGCCUAAUUCUAGCACGACCUUUGCACUAAUCAACAUGGUCCACACCUGGCUCCAAUCUACUGAUGGAAAUGGAUCUACAGCAAGAGUAAUGCUCUUCGAUUUUCGGAAAGCAUUCGAUUUAAUUGACCAUAACGUUUUGGUACGUAAGCUCUCGUCGUAUGAUUUUCCAACAUCUGUAAUGCGCUGGAUUUUAGAUUUUUUAUCAAAUCGAAAGCAAAGAGUGAAGAUGAGCAGCGAUUGUUUUUCUGAGUGGGCUGAGUUACGUGCCGGGGUGCCACAAGGAACAAAACUUGGCCCCUGGUUGUUCUUGAUUAUGAUUAACGAUGUGAAGAUACCUGAUUUAGAUCUAUGGAAAUAUGUCGAUGAUUCCACCAUGUCCGAAAUAGUGAAGAAAAAUGAAGCAAGCUCUAUGCAAUUGCAUGUGGAUGAUUUCGUGACUCAAACAGAAGAGGACAAUUUCCAUUUGAAUGAAUCUAAGUGUAAGGAGCUGAGAAUAACAUUUUCAAAGGCGGAUUCUUUAAUGGACCCUAUCACCAUUAACGGAAAGGAAAUAGAAAUUGUUUCAUCAGCUAAAUUGUUGGGUACCAUUGUUUCCGGCGAUCUCAAGUGGAACUUACAUAUAGACAUGAUCUGCAAGAAAGUAGCAUCGCGUCUCUAUUUCCUUCGACGACUCAAACGAGAAAAAUUACCGAUCCACGAUUUAUUGCUAUUUUAUAAAACAUGUAUACGUCCCGUUGCUGAAUACGCGAGCCCUGUCUAUCACAACGCACUGCCACAGUACUUGUCAGAUCUAUUAGAAAGACUACAAAAGCGGGCACUGCGCAUUCUGUAUCCUGAUCUUUCCUACAUCCGGGCCCAAGAGAUAUCCGGAAUAACUUCUCUACGUAAAAGAAGAGAGGUGGCAAGUGAGCUUCUCUUCCAACAAGUUGUGCAGAACGAAAAUCAUAAACUACAUAAUCUGUUACCACCCAGAAACAAUAGUAAUAUUGGUACUAGGCGAAAACGUUUCUUCCAAUUACCAAUUGUCAAAACAAACAGAUUGAAGAAUAGUUUUAUAAUGAAUAAUUCUUAUAAUUAUUAUUAACGUAAAUAAUAACAAUAGAUUCGACUAUUCUUAGAAGUUGAACUAAUGUACAUUAGUAGUCUUAAUAUUAAUAUUUUAGAGUUUUCAUAAAAAUACCAAACAGAACUAAUAAGUUAAAUUUUAAAGUUUAUAUGAUAGUUUGCUAGAUCAGUAUUGUAAAAAUGAUCGUAAUUCAGCUUUCGGGGCUGCAAUGAUCUAUUUUAAUAAAAUAUCUAUCUAAAACCGUGUAUUUCAAUGUACUUUUAACAUAAACACAAACCCCUCCUCCAGAUUUUCCCAAUCUGUCUAAUCGAGACAGACGAUAUCCAGUAAUUUCAACCUCUGCAUUUCGCACUGUUGAAUUAAGCCAUGAUUCCGAAACCGCAAAUAUAUCAUAAUUUUCUUCAUGUACCAUAUCCUUUAUCUGUAAAAAAUGUUCCCUAUUCUUUAAAGAACGUACGUUAAGAUGCGCAAGUGUAAUUUUCGAUUUUCGAUAGUUAUUACUCGUCACAGCAUACUUCUCGCGUUGGUCAUUUGAACUACUGUUACAAUUAAUGGGGAGUUCAGCAGGAUUGAUUAAAAUACAGUUGAGGGGAUUAUGCUUUCUAACAGGGAAACUAUUCAAUAAUAAUAGUUGAACCAAAUCAAUUUGUCUCUGAUUCGAUUUCGCUUGUGAUGGGUACAAAAAUCCGCUUUUUUAUUUCGUUUAGCCAAUUUACCAUUGCUAGAUACACUCCUUUGCUCCUGUUGCGGUGAGCAUAUAUUAUUGACUGUCCAGUACUUAUUAAAAGCACAGUCCCGAUUUGUUUUCUCAUGCCAUUUCUUCGAUCGAUUUUCGGAUCGGCAUGUAACUCGAGUUGGAAUUGGUUUGUUAUUUUGUGUACUCUCAUGAUUUCCGGACAUGUCACUUUGGGAUGGAUUACUUGAAAUUCCAUCAAAAUUACAUGGCUGAGAGAAUCCUUUCAAAUUGGAAAUUCUAUUGUCGUCCGCAUUCCGAGGUGACGAGUUUAUGCUAGCAUCUAAUGUUACCCUGUUCGUUUGGUGUGUAAAUUCCUUAGGCUUAAUAGAUUUAUUAUCCGCAUUCCGAGGUGACGAGUUUAUGCUAGCAUCUAAUGUUACCCUGUUCGUUUGGUGUGUAAAUUCCUUAGGCUUAAUAGAUUUAUUAUCCGCAUUCCGAGGUGACGAGUUUAUGCUAGCAUCUAAUGUUACCCUGUUCGUUUGGUGUGUAAAUUCCUUAGGCUCAAUAGAUUUAUUAUCACAGACUAAACUUUGAAUGUGGGAAAUUGUUUUGCAAUUUUUAAUAUAUUCAAACUCACUCAACAUUUGGCCUUUGUUAUUAUGGUCAUUAUAAUCAGGUAUUUCAGUCGUCUGAGUUGAGCAAUCAACAACUUUUGAUGAAUAUAGAACCUGGCUAUCUACAUGUUUAUCCAACUUUUCCCGCAUAGCAUAGACCUCUUUCUUUAAGUUGCUUACUACAUCAUUAAGCAUUCCCACAUUAUGGUUAUUGACCUUAAUAUCAUUUUGAGAUAUUACUUGCUCUAACUUGACGCCCUCAAGAUCAGCAGACAACUCACCGCAUUUACACGUCAUCGAGCAAAUAUCAAUACACGUAGCUACAGGAUUUACACGCUGAAUGUCUUGUUUGAACUCGUGGAUGUCGCAGAGUUCAAUAUAAAAGGCUCGUUUGAUUUUAUUUGAAUCUAUGCCUUCAAAAUUAAGUAGUUUUUUACCUUUCCUCCAC